GUAGUUGGCGUUUGCGAAGCUGGGUUCUUUAGCGAGUUUCCUCGAAACGCGCUCAAAAUGAUCUGGGGCGGAUCGUUAUGUAUACGUCCUGCUGAUCGUAGCAUAGGUGUAUAUUAGCAAGCAUGCGCAAAGAUGCGCUUAUCAAAGACAAUGCAUUUGUGCUCGUGUGUCAAUGUAAACGGACGCUCAAAUGAGCGAGUCCAGUGCGUCUGUGUAAACAUCAGCUGACGGAUUUCGCAUAUCACCCAUUUAAUUGACUCUAUGUCAUCAAUGACUACGAUCUCCUCAUGCCUUCAACAGGCAAACCUCUUGAUGCAAACAGCCAAACAGCAGCCUGGAAAGCUAAGUCGUGAACAUCGUAAAGAAAAAUACCCAUCGUUGCAACAGAAGCUAACUGAACUAUAUUUGUCUGAAUGCAAUUUUAAUCUGAGGAACAAGAACUUAUACAAUGGCUCAAAUCUGUUGGGAAAGCUUGUGUCCAAGGAGAAAUUGAAUUGUCUCGUCCUAAACCUCUAUGCCGGCAACGAAGGCUAUUCACUCAUGCUGAAAACCAGAAAUGGCACAGAAACGGAAACGAUUCGAUUGCCUUACGAGGAAAGUGAACUGCUUCAGUACAUUGAUAAUGAAGAGCUUCCACCUAUACUGGUUGACCUUUUGGAAAGAUCUCAGGCACCAGUAUUCUACAGUGGCUGCAUAGUCGUUGAAGUGCGAGACCACAGGAGGUGCCUACCAACAAUGGGCACAUUCUCCACGCACUACGUUCUCUUAAAACCAACCACUCAGUCUGUGCUUUGUGACGUGGGGCUAGUGGCACGAGGUGAUGGCCACUCGUGGAGUCUUGAAGACAAGCUCUACCUGGAAGCAGCAUUGGUCAUGGCCACUGCGGAGCCUCUCUGCCUAGAGCCUACAGUGGGUGUGGCUGUCGUCUCCAACUGGCUGCAGCACAAAAAGGCUCGCUUCAGCAGUCACAUGAUCAACAGGAUGGCAAAAAAACACAGCCAAGUGGCCAUCAAUCGUCGGAAAAAGUUGGAGCAGCAGUGUGCCACACCACCAUACCUGAGGGCGCAUGACUUCAUCGUGCAGUACCGCAAGAGAGUACCAGCAAAGCCACCAUUACCAACCAUGCCUUCCAAACAGGCUGAUAUGUGGAUGCAGAAAAGGGCAACGAUGCCAGUGCCCCUAACGAAUGAGGUGGAGAAACUGGCGCGCGUCAAACAACCCCCUGAGCCAACAACGGACAACACGCCUCUGGUGGUGCAGGAGUAUGUGCUGGAGACAGAGCCAGGCACGGGAAAGCUCACUCGUGUCACCAUCCUUCAACGGCCGACUGAUGAGCAGUUCUUUGGGCGGCUCUAUGUUGACCGGGAAGGGCAUAACAAGGGCACUAGCUGCGAAUUCAACCUUGGCACUCAAGCCAAUGUUACCAGGUACCUGAACCAGUUUCGAGAGAUUUUCACCGAAGAGGGCCGCAAGGCUGUGAAGAUCACCCACCUUGUCCCUGGCAAACCACCCGUGGUCAACCACACCCAAGGCCUGUACGGUGGCUUGGAUGAGCACUGUGAAUCAUUGGCAACUGUGCCGACCAUGAAGGCACAAGAGCAGCCCAGUGAAUCGCCGCCCCUGCAAGCUACAGCCGAGAACAGGAAAGAGCCGGUAAACAUAAAUGUCCUGGAACCUGACCCUGGUCACACAGUGUGUCCUGAUGAUGCUACUAGCAAGCCAAAUCAGGCAACCACUAUUUCAAGCGCACUGGCAGCACAGUCACCUGAGAUGGUCAGCCUUCCUAACAUCAGCUUACCUCAGAAUAUGGGCCUGCAUAAUUUGAUGUCCCUGACGGGCGUGAACUUGUCCUCCGCUAUUCCUGUGCCUAUUUCACUGACCAUGGUGCCUGUGACACAAUCCAGUAUGCUUGUUGGAGCAACUGGAAGCCUACAUGGCCAGAUCCAGGACUCAUCUGUACAGAAUAUUCAGUCUGCAGCGAGCGUAGCUCAGACAACGAAUGUAGCAUCCAUGGCACCAUCUGCUGUCAUUGUGUCUUCUGGAGGAAUGGUGAACCCAGUGUCAACGGUGCUGAGCCCCGCAUCAGGUGUGCUGCCCAUGCCGCUGACAGUGGCCACCCUUGGGGCACAAACACUGACAGCCCAGCUGGUGGCACCCACACUCAAGGCUGCCCCGCCACAGGCCAUCCGCAGCAAUCCCACACCUGUCUCUCUGCUCCAGGUUCCUGGGGGCCAACAGACACUGCCACUGAUUGGGACAUUGCCUCGGCAGAUGCCCCCAGCUGCAUCCAAUGUUGUAAACAAUGCCACAGGACCAACAGCUGUGCACAAUCAGCAGCUGCAAAUGGCCCUGCAAAAGCAGCUGCAGCUUCAAGCGCACAGUGCAGCUCCUCAGCAGCCUGGCGGAGGCAGUGGGGCUGCUGCGAGGCAACGCAGCCGCAAGAAGUCCGGCAAAACAUAGCAUUGCUCGUAGCGAUACCUCGAGAGCCAUUUUGAAAGGCCAACUGCAACAAAAUUUUAUUUUGGCUAUGAUUACACACUAUCGAAUCAAUUUUAGAAAAUCGUUGGGGCUGAUAGUUGUCCAAUUUUCUUAUUAACACCCCUUAAAUGGCAGCCAACGUAUGCGCUUGGUGGUCUGCAGAUCUGACACAAAUCCCAGACCAUGGCCUCCAAGAUUUUUGACUCACCACGGGUGUCACUAAAUCACAAAGAGCCACACUGGUUCUCAGCAUUAUGGGUUUUAUGUCAUUUCCAGCAACUCGUAUCAGCGGCGUUUUUUCCCCCCCUUCCAUCCAGCUGCUCGUAUUUCAGAUGUAAAAUACUGCCAUCUGAAACUAAGGUUUCUACGUGGCCUAAAUUUUGUUGCAGUUGGCCUAUAACAUUUGUGAUGUUUUUUCAAGCAGGCCGUCUCCACCUUGUUGUAUUAUUUUUUAGGUAAGCAUGUCCCCCUUCAGUUCUGUUUCAGGCAUGAGAGGUGGCCAGUUUCAUGAUUUUUUUUUUAGCUGUGGCUGUGUACGUUUAUAAUUCUGCCGAGUCCCUCUAGGUUGCAUGCACAACAUAACCGCAGCCAGGCCUUGCUUUGUUUCGCAUGUUACAGAAGAAAUGCCAUAGAUCAUCAGCACACCAUAAAUUUUCAGCAACUGCUUCGGAGUGGUCACCAAGCACAUAGUUUCCUACAUUUUGAGGGGGGUGGUCCUCUUUGUUAUGCAUCUCAUUACAUUCUUUUUUUUUUACAUCCACUUUUAGGAAACUUUUAAAAUUUGCAACCAGCCAGAUAGUUUCAGUGCACGUCUGCUGUCGAAACUGGUUCACCAAGUGCAUUGUUAGUCUGUUCCUGCAUUUUGGAGGGUGGUCCUCUAUAGUUAACUUUUAGGAAAAUUUUAACAUCUGCAGGUCGUCGGACAGUUGAGUUGAAUAUUCUUCAUCUUGGCUACCAAAACUGAGACAUGGCCAGGGAAAGUGUUGUUGCUGUUACAAAGCACUGUUGCUGCCUUUGUAAACCACUUUCCAGUGUUGUACAUAGAAUCAGAUCAUGCCACUCAGCAAGCAAGGAGAUUUUUAUGAAGUAUAUAGCAUUAUUUUUUUCCUCAAUGCAUUGUUUUUACGUAACAAGGGAUUUCGCACACUUUAUACUAUUUCCCUUGUUGCCACCGCACUGCAAAUUGUGUAAAGGUCGCAUUUCUUGGGCAAACCCUGCAGGCUGCCCUGUAGAGGUGCGUGUGAUGGCGACAAAAUAUGUACAUACAAAAUGUGUAAAGAAUAGUUUUUAACUCGCAUGAAGUUUCAAAGCAAUGCCUUUUUUUCCUGAGUGUUGCUGUCGUUGAAUGUGUACAUUUUUAAUGUUCAGUAAAGGUUGACUCUCACUGAAAUAAAGCUCUUUUUUUUGCUUU